AUGUCAUUCUUCAACUCGCUCGGUCGAUCCAUGGGUCGUUCCUCACGGCCCAAAAAAUCCCCCACCCAUCCUAACAUGCCAACCUUCGACCCGUCCUCUCUGCCCUCCUCCAACGCUUCAGGUUACCCUCGCUCCCCCACCUCCCCAUCCUCCACCACCCGUCUCGGCUUCGGAUCCACCAACAAGCCUCUCUAUCUCUGCCACCCUUUCGUAUCCGCCUCUCUCGUCAAAGGCUCGCUCAAAACCAUCUCUUCGGUCCCGAAAUACGUCGAUCCUAAAGAAUGGGUUGCAGUCAAUCUCUUCGAUUUUUUCAACAACCUCAACCAAUUCUACGGCGUUCUUACCGAAUUCUGCACCGUUUCCAACAACCCCACCAUGUCUGCUGGUCCCGGUCUCGAUUACACCUGGAUCGAUCAAAACAGAAAGCAGGUCAAGUUACCGGCACCGCAGUAUAUCGAUUAUGUUAUGACCUGGGUCGGCGGGUUGUUGAGUGAUGAAGCUACUUUUCCCACAAAAGCGAGUAGAGACUUUCCACCGACGUUCUUGACGACUUGCAAGCAUAUUUAUAAGCAGUUGUUGAGGGUCUUUGCGCAUGUCUAUCAUGCACAGUAUCAGUAUUUGGUUCAUUUGUGCUGUGAAGGGCAUUUUAAUAGUUUGUUUGCCCAUUUCGUCGCUUUUGGCACUGAGAAUCGGUUGUUCGAUUGGAGCGAGUUUAAGUACUCAGGUACACAGGCGGGAGGAGGCGGCCAGAGUCCGACAGGGUGGUUGGGGGGAAGUGCGUAUCCAGGCGUUUGCGAUCUGAUCGAAAAGUGGGUCGAGAUGGGAGUUUUGGGUCCGGAGUGCAUCGGACAGCGAUAA